CAGAGGGCAGCAUAAGGAACGAACUGAAGGAGACCGCCCUCCCCCUUCUUGUUAGCGCAAAAAACGGAGGCUUUUCACCUUCCUUCCGGAGGUGAUGACUGCCGCGGGGGCCGGCCUGCGGCCCCUCCACUAAUGGUGGGGGGUACCCGGACUGAGGCUUUUGCCUGCGGCAGGCCGCUAAAGCUUUGCAGGACUCGGUUUUCUCCUCCGCAAAAGCAGGGUAAAGGGAAUCAGGCCCGGGUUAGGCCUUCCGGCGUCUUGUCGUGGAGGGGUGGGUCUCCUUUGCUUUGCCUCCUCCGAUUGGCCUCCGCCAAUGAUCACGGGACCGGAGGCGGGGCUUCCUGCGGUGACUCGGCCGGCAUGGCGGGACGACUGCUGAGGAAGCGCGCCUGGGAGGCGGCCUUUAUCCUGGGCGGGGGAGGCCUGAUCUUCGCCUCCUACCUGACGGCCGUGGGCGACGAGCACUUCUACGCCCAGCACCUGAUGCCCACGCUGCAGAGGCUGCUGGACCCGGAGCAGGCGCACAAGCUGACCAUCCGCUGCAUCUCCCUGGGCCUCCUCCCGAGCCACGCCCUGCCCGACUCCGCCCGGAUGGAAGUGCGGGUCCUAGGCCAUAGAUUCCGAAAUCCUUUGGGAAUGGCUGCAGGCUUUGACAAGCAUGGGGAAGCGGUGGACGGACUUUAUAAGAUGGGCUUUGGUUUUGUUGAGGUGGGAAGCGUUACCCCAAAACCUCAGGAAGGAAACCCUAAGCCCAGAGUCUUCCGGCUCCCAGAAGACCAGGCUGUCAUUAACAGAUAUGGGUUCAACAGUCACGGACUCUCAGUGGUGGAGCACAGGUUACGAGCCCGGCAGGAGAAGCAGUCUAAGCUCACUGAAGAUGGCAUGCCGCUAGGAAUAAACCUGGGAAAGAAUAAGAGCUCCUCAGAUGCUGCGGCUGAUUAUGCAGAAGGAGUUCGAGUGAUGGGGCCUUUGGCUGACUACUUGGUGGUGAAUGUUUCCAGUCCUAACACUGCUGGAUUGAGGAAUCUGCAGGGGAAAGAAGAAUUACGCCAGCUGCUGAACAAGGUGCUGAAAGAGAGGGACGCCUUAGAGGGUGGGCACAAGCCUGCAGUGCUGGUGAAAAUUGCCCCAGAUCUCACGGCCCAGGAGAAGAAGGAGAUCGCCAGUGUGGUCAGGGAGGUGGGCAUCGAUGGCUUGAUAAUCACCAACACGACCGUCAGUCGCCCCGCCAGCCUCCAGGGAGCACUUCGAUCUGAAGUGGGAGGACUGAGUGGGAAACCCCUCCGAGACAUGUCAACGCAGACUGUGAGUGAGAUGUACUCACUCACCCAAGGCAAAAUUCCCAUAAUUGGUGUCGGUGGGAUCAGCAGUGGGCAAGAUGCGUUGGAGAAGAUCCGCGCCGGUGCCUCCUUGGUCCAGAUGUACACAGCAUUUACCUACGGGGGACCCCCCGUGAUAGGGAAAAUCAAGCGGGAGUUAGAGGCCCUUCUGGAAGAGCAGGGUUUCAGCCAACUCACAGAUGCGAUUGGAGCAGAUCAUCGGAGCUGAGCAGAGCAUUCUUUGUGACGUCAUGACUCACUCUGUGGAUGAGAAGAAUCCACCUUGAAGUGGAUCCCCUGUAUUCCAGAAGACCUGACUCACUGACUUGGCUUGACUGGACUAUAAAGAACAAUGUCAUUGAGACUUCAGAGAACUUUUGUGGCCUGUUCUCACUAUGAACCUCAAUUAUGAUUCUUUUAAAAAUUCAAGCCCCAAGAGCUUUCAUUAUUGUGAACAUUUUGUACAUAAAAAAAAAAAAAAACUAUCAUAAAGUCAUAUAAAGUUUAUUUUUAGAACACUAGCCACUUUCUAUAGGGACUCUUAUUCUACCCACUCCCCUCAAUGUGGAGUCCCUUGGAUCACACAUUUCUGGUUAGACAGGAUAAUGGCCACUUCAAGGCCGAGUUAAAAUUCUCAUGCUAAGCCUGCAGAACCGCCACUUUUCUUUUCUAGGGAGAGAUGGACAAAGAUUGGUGGUGGGGACAAGCUCAGCUCUUUUUGACUUAGAGAAGAUUUUAGAGCCACUUUGGAUGGCUUGAACAGGGUCCUACUUCCUACCAGGGUGGUGGUGAACUGGCCCCACUGUGCAUCAGAGUUUAUUUUGACUGCAUAUUUGUGACAAGAUUUUUGCUUUUACUUUUCAGAUAUAAUAACAGUAACAGUAGUUAAUAGCAUUUAUGUGGUGCUUUAUAGUUUACAAAGCAAUUUACUCAUUAUCUUUUUUGGUCCUCACAACAACGAGGUAAGUGCUGCUCUCUCUGAUCUUACGUAUGAGAAAACUGAGGCCGAGAAGGUUAAAUGAGAGUUAACACAGAUGAGUGAAGCAGGAUUUGAAUUUGGGUCUUUCUAUCUCUGCUACCUUGGGGAAAGAAGGGAAGGGAGGAGAUAGGUUAGGGCUAUUUCCUGGCCCCACAAAGAUGAGAACAGAAGGAAGACCAGAAGGCACAUGGACAAACAGGACCUCACUGAAAGUUGUAAAUGUUGAAUUUCUUGUACUUAUGCAGAAAAGUCAGCACUUUCCUGUAUAAUCCUUCUCUUCAGCAUAUAUGGACAUGCUUAUUUUAUUAGGUGUUUACUAAAUUUAGAAUUUUAAAAAAAUGGAAUAAUACAAAAAAGGCAGAGGCUUUCCCUAAAACAGGAAAGAAUGGGAGAAUGAGAAAUGAGGAUAAAGGAAAAGAGAAAAUGGGGAGUGAAGACAGUGACAAACGAAAGCUAAUAGAAAAUGGGGAGUGAAGACAGUGACAGAUGAGAGCUGAUAGAGACUACAGUGAGGCCUGAGGUGGUUUGAAACCAGGACGAGGAGGUGCUAAUGGCGAGUGUGUGAAAUGAAGGGGUGUAGAAACUGGGUGAGAUGGGGUCCCAGGGAGGCCCAGGGGUGACUCCUCAUGCACUGACUUCUGCGGGGGCUCCUCCCUACCUGAAGGUAAAGUGCUCAUCUUGGAAGGAGGGCGAGUCACAGCCACGUUGAAUGUGACUCCACAGGGGCUUCCGGGGCUCAGUGCUUGUGUCUUUGAUCUGAAGGUGGGGGAUGUUUGCAACAUGUAUGGGGAAAGCUUUGGACAUGGCUUUGUGAAACCUCAUCUACCCUUGAUGUCUUAAUUGAGUUGUUCUGUAAUUUCAAUAUAUUUGUUUUUCUUUGUAA